AUGAGCUCGACGUCAUCUUCCCCGGCCAAGCCCGUCGCAGGCCUGGCCGCUACGAAUCAUCCGCCCGCACCCCCGCCGACAACGUCGAGCCAGACUUUCGAUGCCGACCGUCGCCGGAAUUAUCAUCCUCAGGGCCCGGCACAUCCCCCUGCGGCGCCCAGAAAGACCCAGGGCGCCCGGAGACAGCAUCGGAACCAGCGGCGCCCUGGUGCUCGCGACCAUAUCGACGACGAAGAUACCCUGGCUGAGCUCCGCGCCCUGCGCAACACCAGCAGCCGCCGCGGUCAGACCUCCAUCACCCAUCUCCUCAACAUUGCCCUCCCGCCGCGGCCCCAUGAGACCUAUCAUCCAUCCUACUCACGUUCGUACCGCCGUAAUCCAUCGUGGGGGGUCGGGUCCGGCUACCAUGCUGCUGACAAAGCCCGCUACAUCCAUGCCAAUUACCGCUUUGUCGUGCGCCCUACCGGCAACUAUGCGGCGCAGGCUGCAGAUGCCGACAAGCAUAUCGAAUGGGAUGACGUUUUGCAAGUCAUUGCCUCGGCCGAGUCGCAGCAGGCUGCCUGUCCCAUCUGCCUGUCCGAGCCGGUCGCCCCGCGCAUGGCCAAGUGUGGCCACAUCUUUUGCUUGCCGUGCUUGAUCCGCUUCAUGAAUACAACGCCUCCCGAUCACCCCCCUGACAAGAAGCCCCAGAAUCGCUGGCGCAAGUGUCCCAUCUGCGAUGACUCCGUCUACCUGACCGACGUGCGCCCCGUCCGUUUCUACGCUGGUCAGGAGUGCCCCCUCCCGCGUGUUGGCGAUGACGUUAUCUUGCGCUUGAUGAUGCGUCGUGCCAACAACACAUUGGCCCUUCCUCGUGAAGGUGCCGCCGAGGUGCUACAGUCUGCCGUGGACGAUGUUCCGUGGCAUUUUGCCGCCAACGUCAUGGACUAUGCCCGCAUCAUGAAAGGCACCAGCGGGUAUAUGGAGGAGCAAUACGAUCGCGAGAUUGAGGAUCUGACUAGGCAGGAGCAGGAGGACGAGCUGCUGUAUCACGAAGACAACGAGUGGACUCAGCGCGCCAUCAAGUCAGUGAAGGCAGCCAAGGAGAAGCUCGCGGAGUUGGGUGACACUGGAAAAGAUCCGCAGCCAAUGACGGCCGGACAAACCAGCGAGUUAUCAAAACAGCCCAGUGCUGACCAGGAGUUCUACUUCUAUACGUCUCCGCCGCACCUUUAUCUCUCCCCUCUGGACAUUCGCAUCCUCAAGACGCGCUAUGGCACCUUCUCUGCCUUCCCGUCGACCCUCCUCCCGCGCGUCGAGCACAUCUCCAUGGGCCAUGUGGUCGACGAUGCGCUACGUAAGCGCGCUAAGUAUCUCAGCCACCUUCCGCGCGGCUGUCUAAUCAGCUUCCUGGAGUGUGAUUGGACUGAUAUUGUUCCAAACGAGAUUUUAGAGGGGUUCAAAGACGAAAUCGAAAAGCGCCGGCGGAGGAAUCGGGAAAAGGCCCUGCAAGAGGAGCGCGAACGGAUCCAAGCUGAGCGAGCCGAGGCAGCGGCACUGAGAAACGCGAGAAGGUUGGCCAGUUUUUCAGGAGAUGAUGACGGCCCAGUGACCAUCAAGUGGGGAGAUGCCGACGAGGACAGACCGCCGGUCGAUCCGAAUGACUUUGUGCCACUCAGCGCAGUCGUGAGCACGUCACCCAGCCAAAGGCCGGGGUUCUCGGCACUCGCUGAUAUGAAUACCAGCCCGGAGGGGAGCAGCACAACAGGAGCAGGCCAGCUGCGCAGGACUACGGUGUGGGGCACACCGGCAGUAGAUGGCCCGCCGUUGGAAACCCUGCCACCACAGCAGAAGGUCGAUGAUGGGUGGCUGGACGAUAGCGAGGUGCUCAAGUCGCUGGGGGAAGCUGACCUUGCCGUGCAGUUGGAGGCGUUGGGCAUCGAGUCGGCUGGGCCAAGCAACAGCGGCGGUGGGGGCAAGAGAAAGAAGAGGCAGAAGAUUACGCUGAUGAGCACGGGCGGGAGGAGGGGCUUGUAG